AAAGGUUCGUCCCGGAUAAUAUCUCUGCCUUAUGUGGUAUACUGGAAUUUCACUUCACAGACUGUGAGUGAAGAUGGUAACUCUGAGGAAGCAGUAUGUCGUGGCCAGACCCGUGUACUCUGAGGACAGCUUUGCUGAAGAUCAUGAGAAAAUCUACAGGGUCCACAAAACCAUCUUGAACCACCUCAGAGACUAUUUUACCUGGGACUUACAGCGCACCAGGGACACAGCUCUCUCUCUUCUGCCCAUCAUUGGCUGGAUGAAAAUCUACAAAAUUAAAAAGUGGCUGAUUGGCGAUGUGGUGUCGGGGAUUAGCACCGGGCUAGUGGCCAUAAUGCAAGGUCUUGCUUUUGCUCUGCUGGCCUCACUGCCUCCAAGCUACGGACUCUAUGCAGCAUUCUUCCCCAUAGUAAUAUACUUUUUCCUUGGUACUUCAAGACACAUAUCUGUAGGACCCUUCCCCGUCCUGAGCCUCAUGAUUGGUGCUGUUGUGACCCGUCUGGUCCCGGAGGACCAGCCGCAUGCAAACUUCACAAGCUUCGAGGGCCUGACCCAGGACCAGCGCAGAGUCCUAGUGGCCUCCUCCGUGACCUUCCUCAUGGGGAUAUUCCAGCUUGCCAUGGGGAUUCUGCAGGUAGGCUUUAUUGUCGUGUACCUGUCAGACACUCUAAUAUCUGGCUUCACCACAGCGGCUGCCAUCCAAAUCCUGGUGUCGCAGCUCAAGUUCGUCUUGGGAUUGGUUGUUCCGGGGAUCAGCGGCCCGUUUGCCAUCAUAUAUACUCUUGAGAAAAUAUUCGUCCAGAUUACCUCCACGAACAUCUGUGACCUGGUUAUGUCUAUAGUGAUCAUGGUGGUGGUGUUCAUCGUGAAGGAUCUGAGUGACAGAUACAGAGCCCACCUGCCGGUUCCCAUCCCUGUAGAGGUUAUCAUGACUGUCAUAGCUUGUGGGGUGUCAUACGGCUUCAACUUUGAGAAGCGCUUUGGCAUUGAUGUUGUUGGAAAAAUGGUUAGUGGGUAUGAGAGUCCCAUCGCUCCCAGUGUGGAGGUCUGGCAGGACAGUGCUGUGGAUGCUUUUCCGAUUGCCAUAGUGGCUUUCGCUGUCGCCUUCUCUGUGGCCAAAGUCUACGCCAUCAAACAUGAUUACACCAUUGACGGCAACCAGGAGCUGAUCGCAUUUGGGGUUAGCAACAUUUUCGGUGCAAGUUUUAGGGCAUUUGCAGCCAGCACAGCACUCUCCAGAAGCGCUGUGCAGGAGAGCUCUGGAGGCAAAACACAGGUUGCCGGGCUGAUCUCGGCUUUGAUGGCGAUGAUCGUAACUCUGGCCCUUGGCUUCCUGCUGGAGCCUCUUCCCAAGUCUGUCCUGGGUGCCUUGGUUAUCGUCAACCUGAAGGGCAUGCUGAUGCAGUUAAGAGAAAUCCCACAACUGUGGAGGAGAGACAAACCAGAAUGUGUUGUGUGGGUGGGAACAUGCCUGGGUGCCACGUUGCUGGGACUGGAUAUUGGUCUGGCGGUGGGCUUGGGGCUGGAGCUGCUCACUGUUGUCUUCAGAAUUCAAUUUCCCUGUUGUUCCCUCUUGGCUAACAUCCCCGGCACCGAACUCUACAGGAAUCGCAAGGAUUACCUGCAUGUAGUGGAACCAAAUGGAGUGAAAGUUAUGAUGAUGUCCUCGCCCAUCUUCUUUGCCAACAUAGAGUUCUUCAGGGACAAGCUUGCACAGGCGGUUGGAUUUAACCCUUUGAGAGUUUUGAGGAAGAGGAACAAGGCCCUCAGGAAAAUCAAGAGACUGUCAAAGAAUAGGGACAAUGUGAUUAUGGAAAAAGGUUUGGUGGUGCAGACGUCUGACGGGUCUUACAAAAACCACGAGGAGUUCGAUCUGCCCUGUGACCUCAAGGACCUUCCCUUUCAGAUUGACUGGAACGCAGAGCUUCCCGCCAACAUCAGUGUUCCCAGAGUGGACAUCCACAGCCUGAUUCUGGACUUCUCUGCUGUCUCCUUUCUGGACAUAUCUGCCUUGAAGGGACUCAAAACUACACUCAAAGAGUUCAUCCGAAUUCAUGUGGAUGUUUACAUCGUGUCGUGCGAUGCGAACAUCCUUGAGAAACUGCACGGUUGUAUGUUCUUCGACGAUGAGAUUCAGACGUCCGUAUUCUUUCUGACUGUCCAUGACGCUAUGCUGCACGCACUGGACAAACACGCCGAGAACAAGCAUCAGCGCUACGUAAUGUCACAAACACGACUCUAGAGUGACACUCUCUAGGACAGCGAUUUCCAGGGAAAUCUGUUCAGAAGGUCAAAUGCUCCGCUACAGACAAAUUCUGAAACACUGCAGAUGGGUUUCCUCCAGAUGUCCACCAUUACCAUGCACUGUUUGUUUUUUUAUAACAUAUAAUAUAAUGUGUAUUAUUUCCUCCUUAGUUUUCCUCGAGUCAACAACAAGUAUAUGAUACAACUUGAUGAUCACAAAAGUUUGAGACACCUGUAUGGAUAGAAAGGACAGAAAUUAAUUUGUACCAGAAUGACUGGAAACUGGUUACAUUUUAUUGGAAAACAUAUAGCUCUUUGACAGAGGUCUAUACGUAAUAGGCUAUGUCCAAUGCUUCUCAUGUAGCUUCAUGUAAACUGAAUAAAUGUUUAAAUGUUAUGGUAGCGUAACCCUAAAACCCUAUCACAUUCUUGUGGUGAUAGGACUUUACAGAGCUGAAAUGUUACUUUAACCAGGCAGAAAACCAGGGAAAUUGUUUGUGCUGGACAAGAUUCUCUAUUAAAGUCUUUACAAAAAAAUGAAAUAAAAAGAAAAUUACACAAAUGAAAACAUGUCUGAUUGCAGUAAACAUUCAGUUAGGCGCAAAUUAACAUGGCAUUACUCUCAUCUAAACUUUACUUAUAUGCUUACA